AUGUUUGGCAUUCAGGAGAGCAUCCAAAGGAGUGGGAGUAGUUUGAAAGAGGAACCCAUCGGAGCCGGCAUGAACGCAGUGCGGACAUGGAUGCAGGGCGCCGGGGUGUUGGAUGCUAACACAGCCGCUCAGAGCGGAGUGGGACUAGCCCGUGCACACUUCGAGAAACAACCGCCCUCCAAUCUUCGGAAAUCCAAUUUCUUCCACUUUGUUUUGGCUCUCUAUGACAGACAAGGACAACCAGUGGAAAUUGAGAGAACAUCUUUUGUUGGUUUUGUUGAAAAAGAAAAGGAAUGCACCGGAGAGAAGACAAAUAAUGGAAUUCAUUACAGACUACAACUUCUCUACAGCAACGGCAUCAGAACAGAGCAGGACUUCUAUGUGCGGCUAAUAGACUCUAUGACCAAACAGCCUAUCGUCUAUGAAGGUCAAGACAAGAACCCGGAGAUGUGCCGAGUGUUACUGACCCAUGAAAUCAUGUGUAGUCGCUGCUGUGACAAAAAGAGCUGUGGAAACCGAAACGAGACGCCCUCUGACCCCGUCAUCAUCGACAGGUUCUUUCUCAAGUUCUUCCUGAAAUGCAACCAGAACUGUCUAAAAAAUGCAGGGAAUCCCAGAGACAUGCGCCGCUUCCAGGUGGUCGUCUCGACGACGGUGAGCGUAGACGGUCACGUGUUGGCUGUGUCAGACAACAUGUUCGUCCACAACAACUCCAAACACGGGCGACGGGCACGGAGACUGGACCCCUCGGAGGGCACCCCGUCUUACCUGGAGCACGCCACACCCUGCAUCAAAGCCAUCAGCCCGAGCGAAGGCUGGACAACAGGGGGCGCCACAGUCAUCAUCAUCGGGGACAACUUCUUCGACGGUCUUCAGGUCAUCUUUGGCACCAUGCUGGUCUGGAGUGAGCUCAUCACUCCUCAUGCCAUCCGUGUACAGACUCCACCCAGACACAUCCCAGGGGUCGUAGAGGUCACGCUAUCCUACAAAUCCAAACAGUUCUGUAAAGGCACACCUGGCAGAUUCAUCUACACAGCACUGAAUGAACCGACCAUCGACUACGGUUUCCAGAGGUUACAGAAGGUCAUCCCCAGACACCCCGGUGACCCUGAGAGACUACCAAAGGAGGUUAUUCUGAAGAGAGCGGCAGACUUGGUAGAAGCUCUCUAUGGAAUGCCUCACAAUAAUCAGGAGAUCAUUCUGAAGAGGGCGGCAGACAUAGCAGAGGCGCUCUAUAACGUCCCCCGCGGUCAUAACCAGCUGACAGGGCUCAGUAACAGCUCUGUCCACGCCGGCAUGAUGGGAGUCAACUCCUUCACAGGACAGCUCGCCGUCAAUGUGUCCGAGUCCUCACAGGGAGGCAACCAGGCUUUCAGUCGGAACACGAGUAGUGUUUCUCCGCACGGUUAUGUGCCCAGUUCCACGCCCCAGCAGAGCAGCUACAGUACGGUCAGCACCAGCAUGAACGGUUAUGGUAACUCCACCGCCAUGACCAACCUGGGCGGCUCACCCAGCUUCCUCAACGGAUCCGCUGCCAACUCACCUUAUGCCAUCGUACCCUCUAGUCCUACUAUGGCCUCCUCCACCAGCCUGCCCUCUAACUGCAACAGUUCUUCCGGAAUCUUCUCCUUCUCUCCGGCCAACAUGGUGUCUGCAGUCAAACAGAAGAGCGCUUUUGCCCCAGUGGUGCGACCUCAGACCUCACCCCCACCUACCUGCACCAGCACCAACGGAAACGGUCUCCAAGAUCAGUCUUUUGUGGAUUCUAGCAAGUUCUCCACUGCCAGCGCGUUGCAGGGGCUGGCCUUCUCCUGA